UCCAUUCCCAACAUGGUUGGAUCUCUGAAGUGUUACUGUACACUCAAGAUGAGAGGGCUAAAAGACUGGGCUGGACUGUGUCCGCUAAGGAUCUCUGCUAAUAAUAGUCAUUUGCAAAUCCUCUCAAGAACCAACAGGAACUUGCUCACACUCAGAAGAGAUGUGUUUCCAAUACCUUGCUAACGUGUAGAAAAUGUAUGUGUCAGAGCAUGUGAAGCUAUAAAGGUGUAACUUGUUUUUGUAGUUAUAAAAUAAGGAAGAACCUUUUUGAUGUCUUGUUUGAUCUUGUAGAACGUGGAAGUGCAUCGUUUCAAUGGCCUCCAAAGGACAUGGCGACACCGACUCAGGACGGUUACCCCCGGCCCCAGCUUACUCCAAAGAGGUGCCGCCUGGUCACAAUGCCGUGUACCCAGCGCCCACCGUGGUGCCACCACCCCCAAGCUACCUGACACCUUCAGCCCCACCGGUUCAUAUGAUGAUGUCUGCCUCUCUCGGACCACUCAAUGCUGUCUACCCAGCUCCCACAAACCCUGGAUUCCCACCCCCUGGAUACGUGACCCCUUCAGCUCCUCCUAUGAUGCCUGCCCCUUUCGGACACCCUAAUGCUGUCUACCCCGCGCCCACAAACCCCGGAAUCCCGCCAGUACCCCCAGGCUACGUGCCCCCUCCGGUCCCUGCGGUGAUGCCUGCCCCUCCGCCUGAUCUCCGACCCACCGGCUGCCCCCCAGGACUGGAAUACCUGAUUCAUGUCGACCAGCUUCUCGUCCAUCAGACUUUUCAUCUGGCCGAACUGCUGGGUUGGGAGGUUAGAAAUUCCUACAAUGUGAAGAACAGCAUCGGGCAACAAGUGUUUCUGGCGGAAGAGGAGAACAACUGCUGCACCCUACAGUGUUUUGGCCCCAGCCGACCUUUCACCUUUCACAUCCAGGACAACCUGGGGCAGGAGGUGUUGACCCUGACGCGCCCUCUUGCGUGCAGCUACUGCUGCUUCCCCUGCUGCCUGCAAGACCUGGAGGUGCAGAGUCCCCCCGGUAUUCCAAUAGGGUAUGUGGUGCAGGAGUGUCACCCGUUCCUGCCCAAACUCACUGUGCUGAACGAGAGGAGACAGCCUCAGCUGAGGAUCAAAGGGCCGCUGUUUUUCUGUAGUUGUUGCAGAGACGUCACAUUUGAGGUGAAGACUCUGGAUGACUCAAUGUUGAUAGGGCACAUCAGUAAGCAGUGGUCCGGCUUCCUGCGCGAAGUCUACACGGACGCAGAUCAUUUUGGAAUCGUGUUCCCAAUGGACCUGGAUGUGAAGAUGAAGGCUGUGCUGCUGGGAGCCUGCUUCCUGAUCGAUUUCCUGUAUUUUGAGGAAAGGAAAGGAGACAAGAAACAUUGAACUUUUACUCUGUGCCGACUACGGAACCCACGGUUCCUUUCAGAAUCAUCACGCAUCAAAAUGACAUUAGACCUACAAUAAAGUUGCAUGUCAAAAUCAACAACUCCAAAUCCCUCUCAUUGUGUAUAUCUAACGGUCCUCUCCCCAGUGUUUACUCUCCAUCUUAAACAACUUCCUACUUCUCAGCAUCAACAAAACAACUACAA